AUGGCAUAUCACACAAAUGAAGAGGACAAAGAGGCGGCUCGUCCGCUAUCGGCCGUCUUCCGCGUUGAAGGCAACGGGGUGAAUAAGGUGCCAACACUAUCGAGCAGUACAAAGAAGGACAUCAUGAUUGAAACCUUGAGUGCAGAAAAUGCUUCCGCUCAUGAAUUGUUGCACUGCGUUCAUAUGUUACGUUCGGAUGCAUCUUCUGGAAUAUCAUCAGCCGAGGCAACGUUGCGGAGGCAGUAUCACGGGUAUAAUGAGUUCGAAGUGACAGAGCAGGAGCCGUUAUGGAAGAAAUACUCCGAGCAGUUCCAAAAUCCCCUUAUCCUUUUACUGCUUGCCAGUGCGAUCGUUUCGCUUCUGAUGCGGCAGUUCGAUGAUGCUAUCAGUAUCACUGUAGCUGUAGUGAUUGUAGUGACAGUAGGAUUUGUCCAGGAGUAUCGGUCGGAGAGGACGUUAGAGCAGCUGAAUAAACUGGUGCCACCUGCGUGCCACGUAGUACGUGAUGGAAAGGAAUAUUCAUUAUUAGCUCGUGAAUUAGUGCCUGGGGACGUGGGUUUGGUUAUCUCUACAGCAGCAAAUUCGCAAUUUGGAGAGGUAUUCCGGAUGAUGCAAGGAGAAGAGUCCCCGAAAACGCCGUUGCAAAACAGUAUGGAUCAACUUGGAAAACAGUUAUCAUUCUACUCGUUCGGUGUCAUCGCCCUGAUUUUCGUCAUAGGAUUAAUACAAGGACGUAAUGUGCUUGAUAUGUUCACCAUAGGAGUG